AUGUUUCCCGACCAGGUUGCUGAUCGGAUGUCGCAUCAACUGUGGUGGUACCUCCCGGUCAUUAUCGCAAGCUUUUGUGUCGUCCGCCUUGCAGUCAAUAGAUAUGGCACAGGUAUCAAUCACAUUCCAGGCCCAAUGCUUGCUUCAUUCACAGAUCUGUGGAGGUUCUUCGUUGUCUGGGGUCGUCGCCCAGAGCUUAAGCAUAUCCAACUGCACGAGAAGUAUGGUCCUUUAGUUCGUCUAGGGCCCCGAGUGGUCUCCGUGUCUGACCCUGCGGCCAUCCCCAUCAUAUAUGCUCUGAACUCUGGCUUUGUCAAAUCUGGCUUCUAUCCCGUCCAGCAGACGAUAGCGAAAGGCCGCAGGCUGUACACCAUGUUCAGCACCACGGACGAGAAGUUCCAUGCUAAACUCAGAAGAGCCGUAUCGAAUGCGUACGCGAUGAGUACCCUGGUUCAAUUCGAACCCUUGGUUGAUUCCACCACAUUGGCUUUUUUGGAACAGCUUGAGGAGAGGUUUGCAGGGAAAACAGGUCCAGAAGGCAUAUGCGACUUUUCGACAUGGCUUCAAUUCUAUGCAUUCGACGUCAUUGGCGAGCUCACCUAUUCCAAGCGCCUAGGUUUUGUGGAUCGAGGUGCCGAUGUCGAUGGCAUUAUUGGGAAUUUGGAGUGGCUUCUCAACUAUGCUGCCAUAGUCGGGCAAAUUCCAAUCUUGGAUCGCGUGUUUCUCAAGAACCCAUUGAGAUUGUUUGCGAGCCAAAUCGGACUGAUAAGCUCGAACACGCCCGUGGCGACUUUCGCCAGAAACCGGAUCGCUAGUCGACAAGACAUGGAGCAGGCUCAGGAAAAGCCAGCAGCCGCAUCUGAUGGGAAGCGAGCAAGGAGAGACUUCUUGUCAAGGUUCACCGAAGCCCACCGCAAGGACCCCGAGUUCAUCACCCGCGAGCGAGUUCUAGCCCUGACGGUUGCCAAUAUGUUUGCUGGCAGCGACACAACCGCAAUUAGCCUACGGGCAGUCUUCUACUACCUGUUGAACUGCCCAGAAGACAUGGAGAGCUUGAUGAAGGAACUCUGGGCGCAACGGGAGAAUGGAACAUUCUCUGACCCAAAUGGUCUUGUUAACUGGAACGAUGUAAGGGAACUGCCAUACCUGAGUGCGGUGAUCAAAGAAGCCCUCCGGUGCCAUCCUGCGGUCGGACUUACGCUUGAACGGGUCGUGCCUCGUCAAGGUGUCAACAUUUGCGGAAAGUUCAUUCCUGGUGGGACGAUAGUAGGAUGCAGUGCCUGGACUGUACACAGAGACACUCUAUUCGGGCCGAACGCGGAGAGCUUUCGCCCAAGAAGAUGGCUCGAGGCAUCACCAGAGCAGAAAAGACAAAUGGACAAUUCUCUCUUCAGCUUUGGGGCAGGCUCCCACACGUGUAUCGGCAAGAACAUCAGUUUGCUCGAAAUGUACAAGCUCGUUCCAGCACUGCUGAUGAAAUUCGAGGUACCGAGUGGGAUUCCUUCUCUUCCUGACGUUCUCGACGCUGACGGCUCAUUGCAGAUUGAAUUUGCAGAUCCGACAAAACCAUGGAAACUGCACAACGCGUGGUUUGUCAAACAGUCCGAAUUCAAGGUGCGCCUUCGCCGGAGAAAGUAA